ACGUCUUUGCACUCUGCAGGCAUGACUAGGACAAUCACUCUGAUCAGCUUUAUAAUGAUUGCGGUGACGGUGCACACAUGCACGGGCUCGCCGCUGUUACCGGCACAGGAGGCGUCUGAAGCGCGCGACAUGAGCGUGCCGCACGUGCACAGAGGCGCUCAGAGUCGCGGCGCGAGACCCGAGCGUUUUGCACCUUUACCAGACGACCAGCGCCGGUUUACGUCCAAACAGAUAUUGCAGGCUCUGUCGGAAAUUAUCCAGCGGGACGACUGCUUUGCGGACUACCAGGGCUGGGUGGACUUCGGGCGCCGCAGUACAGAUUAAAGAUAAAAGUGAAA